AUGCCAAUUCGUACCGGUAAAUUUGUUGCUCGAAAAAAUUGGAUCAUUAUUGCAUCGGAUGAUCAAUUUAUUCGUGUUUAUGAUUACAAUACCUCAGAACAAAUACAUCAAUUUGUAGCACAUGAUGAUUUUAUUCGUUCCAUUAUUGUGCAUCCUACUCAAUCCUAUCUUUUAUCUGCUAGUGAUGAUAUGACUAUCAAACUAUGGGAUUGGGAUGCACAAUGGACAUUAAAACAAACUUUUCAAGGACAUACUCAUUAUGUCAUGCAUAUUGCCAUCAAUCCCAAAGAUGGUCAGACAUUUGCUUCUGCUUCUCUUGAUUACCAUCAAGAAGAUGGAACAGUGAAACUAUGGAAUUCGGAAAGUUAUCAUCUCGAAUCAACACUGCAGUAUGAUGUUGGAAGAUGUUGGUCAAUGUCAUGCUCGAAAAGCUUGAAUUAUGUGGUACUUGGUUAUGAUCAAGGAACGUUGAUAAUUCAGGUGGAUCAAGAGAAACGCAACAUAUCGAUGGAUCACGUAUCAGCAGAUAAAAAAGCUGAUUGA